AUGGGUCGACAACUUGUUAUCGCCGUGAUCUGUAUCGUCCUUGUCGCCGGCGUCGGAGGUCAAGCUCCGGCUUCACCACCAACCGCCACACCAGCUCCUCCAACACCAACAACUCCACCUCCAGCAGCAACUCCUCCUCCUGUUUCAGCACCACCACCAGUCACAGCUUCUCCUCCUCCAGCCACAACCGCUCCUCCUCCAGCUAACCCACCACCACCAGUCUCUUCCCCUCCUCCAGCUACUCCUCCUCCCGUCGCAUCUCCUCCUCCAGCAACUCCUCCUCCAGCAACUCCUCCCCCCGUCGCUACUCCUCCUCCAGCUCCUCUUGCCUCCCCUCCCGCUCAAGUUCCAGCUCCUGCACCUACUAAGAAGCCAGAUACUCCUUCUCCGUCGCCGUCUUCUAGCCCACCUUUGCCGUCGGCUGAUGCUCCGGGACCAAACACCGAUUCACAAUCUCCUGGCCCUUCUACCGAUGUGAAUGACCAGAAUGGAGCUAGCAAGACAGUCUCGAGCUUAGUACUUGGAUCCGUUCUCGUAUGGUUGAUGAUCUAA